AUGGGGGUGGUCGUGGACGGGCGCACCCGCAUGUUCCCGGACGGCGCCAUGAAGGCCUACUUCGGCAACGUGCUCACCAUCCCGUACGGCGUCAUCGGCUCCGAGGACCUCGGCCUCAUGUCCCUCGCCGGCGUGGCGGACGACGUGCACCGGUGGGUGGCGGAGGCCGCCACCGGCGACCAUUUCCGGGGCCUCGUGGACUGGGUGGAGGCGCUGCGGCCUAAGCCAGCCGCGGCGAGGGCGUACCUGGGAGGAACCGGCGGGAACGAGGCGAUGUCGUGCAUCGUGUCGUCCGGUAUGACCUUCCCGGUGGGGAAGGCCGACUUCGGGACGGGGCUUCCCGCGUUCGCGUCAUACCAUUUCCCGUGGCCCGCCGGCGCCGGGUACGUGAUGCCGAUGCCGAGCGCGCGCGGGGACGGCGACUGGUUGGUGUACGUGCACGUGGCGCCGGAGGUGGCGAAGGUGAUGGAGGAGUCCACCGUGUUCCAAGCCCUCGAGAACAGCUACGUGUUUGAGUACUAG